AUGCUAGCUCUGCAGUAUUUAACAGCGUCUUCCCCCCUCCACUUUGGCAAGUUCUCAGCCAUUCCUCCACCAUUGUUUCUCUGCCCCUCCUCUCCAAUUUUGCAAGUGUUGACAUUUGUUCAUAAUUCUUUCACAAUGAAUUAUGAUUGGAGCCUGAACGCCUCGGGAGGGCAACCACUGGGGCCGUCGCCGCAGCCACCGCACCAGAUCACGCCGCAGAAUCUAUACCAAACUCUGCGGCAGCUGGGCACUCUUGGAGCGCACUUUGUCUUCGAAGCUGAACAUCAUGGCAAUCGACAUUGGCUCUUCGUAUUCAGCAGACUCAACGGAUCCAAGAUCGUUGUACGCGUCCAGAAACAGUACCAAGUGCCGGUUCAUCCGGAGAUUGUCCAGAACAUGGUGCGGCGCGAGGUCUACGUGCUGAAGAAGCUAGAACAGAUUCGAUUCCUGUACGCACCGAUAUGUCUCGCCUUCGACAUCUCGUACAGCAACCCGAUCCGGUUCCCCUUCCUGGUGCUGACCUGGACGGAGGGCGAGCGGUUGAUCUGGACAAACCAUCACCCGACACUGGACCUGCGCAUCAGGGUCAUGAAUCAGCUCUCCCGCCUGCAACUGGAGCUGAUCGAUAACUCGCUGGAAAGCCGUGCGGAGACGGCAAAGUACUUCUACACGCGGCACAUUCACGACAACAUGAUGGUUGCUCCUCGAGGUCUCCCCGGCGCUGGUGGUAUACCUACCCAGGAGGACUACUGGAACCAAUUGUCUCACCUCGAGUGCAUACUCGGCUCGGGCCAUGGUGAUAAGACUUAUGCCAUUGCACAUAACAACAUCACAUACGAAAACAUCAUCGUGGACAAAGACUGCAAUGUUGAAUGCAUCGUCGGUUGGAGUCAUGCUGGCGUGCGCAGCUGA